AUGCUACGUCUAGCCUUCAAGCAAUUAUCACGUCAAUCUUUCUUAUAAAAAAAGAAAAUCUAUGAACUAUUUUUUGAAAGGGGUUUGAAAUUCUUUUAUCAAAGUAUCAAACAAAACUAUUUUACCCUAGAUCAAUAUCGACAUGCAAUUGAUUAAUUUGAGAUUUGCAUGUCGGUCUUUGCUGAAGCCAAACAACCCAAACGAUGGCAGGACACUAAAUUCGAAGAUUUGAAUUGCAGACAUUACCCUGAAUAACAAUAAAUCAAAGGUAUGCAUUUUUAAUUAAGUUUGCUUUUAAGACCUUUGGAAAAAGUUAUUCGAACUGAUGGGUAAAUGUUAUUACAUAUUGCAUGAACAGGAAGCGUGCACCAAAAUGUGCGAUUACUGGCAAUAAUUAAAUCCUCUCUGUCCAGGGGCCUUCAUUCUAAGAGCUUAGGUAACCAAAUUUGUUUUAACCCAUAAGUCUCGAUUCUUAUCCGAGCAAGUGACCCAAAUAGACUGCCAAAUGAUUUGCAAAGAUCUCUAAUUUGCUCAGCAAUUGGACCCUCUCAAUGAAAGCAUCACCAAAGUCUACGAUAUGGUCUAAGCUCAAUUAUCCAAGUUCGAAGAGGAGGACAGCGACAAAGAACAGUACGUUUAAUAAGACACUUCUCAAUACAGUGUCCAGGAGGAUGAAGAUUUGCCUUAGGAUUUCAUGGCCUAAUUUGCAUAUCAAGAUAAUGACUAGGAGCUUAGUUAUGAAUAAGAUCCAAAGAAACCUAUACCCAUGGAAGUCUAAGAGUUAGGCCGAUUUAUUGAAUCCAGAGGAAUGGACAUGGUUAAGACCUUCCUACAGAAUGGCUAGUUGAAAGAAGCAGUAGAUUUGAAGGACAAACUACAAAAAGCUUUGAUAGCCAAGUAACAACUAGAGAAGAUAUCUCAAUUAGAUUUUAAUAGACCCAAGAAAGUAAAGUAUAAAUUGAUAUAGAAAUUACAAUUAUAUGCUCAAUAGUUUGGCAUAGAUUUAUUGGAUCCACAAGUACAAAACGAGUUUAAGAGAAUUUAAGAGUAAAACCUAGAGGACAUUCGACAAUGGCUGAAAUAGAAUCAGUGGAGUUACGUUGACAAAGCAACUUAGAUAUAACAGUAAGAGAAAGCCAGAUAAGAAUUGGCUAAGUUGUAAUUUAAGAGGAAAAUGAUCCCUUAAAAAGUAAUUCAAUAUAAAUUACCUCAAUUUAGCAUGCUAAACACAAGGUUGUUAAGAAGGCUUAAAUUGGACUAUCCUAAAACAGUCCUAGUUCACCUUCGAGUAACACAAAUAUCUCAACUAAAGAGUUUUAAUAAAGCAAUUCUGCAUUGAAUAACGAAAGUAAUUAAUUAUGUAAGUUUACAUAGCUUAAGUUGAAGCAGAACAAAAUUGUGAUUUGAAUUGCAUUAUUAACUUCUCUAUUUUACUCCUAGCGACAAUCACAAUAAUAUCAACAAUCUAUUAUUCAUUCUUAGGAUGA